GUGGUUUUGGUGGUGUCAUGGCUUCCGUCGUCCACGAAGCUACAUCUCUUUUGAGCCGACUGUGAAUUAAAUGUCCCUUAAUUUCGUAAAAUAAACACCAACAUUUGAAGGACAAUACAUUCAAGACUUUAAUCAUGGGCACCGUCCACGCGAGGAGUCUUGACCCUCUGCCAAUGCAGGGACCCGAGUUGGGGGUUCAUGCAGAUGACAUCGAGCAACCAGAUAUGGAGCAGGAGUCAAAACAAGAGGUUCUUGAAAACAAAGAUGUCAUAGUCCAGCAUGUUCACAUAGAUGGUCUGGGAAGAACCAAGGAGGAUUGCUUAACAUACGAGAUUGCUGAUGUCUUCCGAGCAAGGAACUUGAUUGACGUCAUGAAAAAAGCCCACGAAGCCAGACAGAAGCUCCUACGUCUUGGUAUCUUCAGACAAGUGGAGGUUGUCAUCGAUACCUCACAAGGAGUGGAUGCUCUGCCUAACGGACUGGAUGUGACGUUUGAAGUGACUGAGCUGAGACGCAUGACUGGCAGCUAUAACACCAUGGUUGGAAAUAACGAAGGUAGCAUGGUUCUUGGUCUGAAGCUGCCCAAUAUUUUCGGUCGUGCAGAAAAGCUUACGUUCCAGUUCUCCUACGGCACCAAAGAGACUUCCUAUGGGCUGUCGUUCUUCAAGCCUCAACCUGGCCGCUUUGAACGCAAUUUCGCUGUUAACUUUUACAAAGUCACAGGCCAGUUUCCAUGGAGCUCGCUGAGAGAGACUGAUCGUGGCGUCUCCACAGAAUUCAGUUUCCCUCUCUGGAAGACGAACCACACCCUGAAGUGGGAGGGUGUGUGGCGAGAGUUGGGUUGUCUAGCACGUACCGCCUCGUUCGCAGUCCGGGAGGAGAGCGGCCACUCCCUCAAGUCAUCACUCUCGCAUGCCAUGGUCAUCGACACCAGGAACUCCGCAAUUCUUCCCAGGAGGGGAGCCUUGCUGAAGAUCAACCAGGAGUUGGCUGGCUACACGGGAGGAGAUGCCAGUUUUCUGAAAGAGGACUUUGAGAUCCAGUUUAACAAACGUCUCUUCUGGGACUCGGUCCUGUCUGCAUCUCUCUGGGGCGGAUGCCUCCUGCCCAUUGGAGAUAAGCCAACUUGCAUUGCUGACAGGUUCUACCUCGGUGGUCCUACUAGCGUCAGGGGAUUUAGUAUGUACAGCAUCGGCCCACAGAGUGAAGGUAUGACAGGUGACUUCCUGGGAGGGGAGGCAUAUUGGGCUGGAGCCGUCCACCUGUAUACUCCGCUGCCCUUCCGUCCAGGCAAAGGGGGCUUUGGAGACCUCUUCAGGACCCACUUCUUCCUCAAUGCUGGGAACCUGUGUAACCUCAACUAUGGUGACGGGCCUCGAGCACACCUGAGGAAGCUGGCAGAGUGUAUCCGCUGGUCCUAUGGAGCGGGAAUCGUGCUGCGGCUUGGAAACAUCGCCCGGCUGGAGCUCAACUACUGCAUUCCCAUGGGCGUCCAGAGCGGAGACAGGAUAUGCGACGGGGUCCAGUUUGGAGCCGGAAUCCGAUUCCUGUGAUGUCCUCCUGUUGUCCUGCUGCAUUGAGUUGUGGAACACAGGAGUUUGUUUCAUUGGUUUUAGGAAGUGGGAGGUGCUGGGAAUGCAAUGGCUACUACAACCAAGCUGAUUCAAAUAAUCAAAGUUUAAUGAUGCGUUUAUUAUUUGAAUCAGCUGUGUAGUGCUUGGGCAAAAACCAAAACGUGCACCCCUUGGGGUCCCCAGGACCGAGUUUGGGAAAUGCUGGUGUAGCCCAUUGCUGCUUUGAUGACUUAUGAUUGGCCAACAACAAGCUAGACGUGCCACUCUCGUGACAAGCAAGAGGAGAAGCAUAAAUUAUACAAUUUCUCUCUCUACUGCAGCAGUCACGUGUGGAUGUGUACGGGUCCUUCAGGACAAGUCAGUAAAGAUUACACAUACCCUUGACAAUCAUAUCAGAUCCGACCCAGACCUGUGACAUUUAUUUAGAAUUGUGGAUCCGAACCCUCUCAGGUAUUCGGGUACAGGUGGAUCUGUGAACACCUCUAGUUGAAACCUAAGAAAGGCAGACAUCAGCCAUGAGUGCCCUUAUCAUGAGACAAAUGUGUCAAUGUGGUCUGUAUUAUAAUGCUCAUUAAUAAAUGAUGUUAUCCUCUACAGUUA